CGCGAGGAACGCAUCGUACUGACCUUGGUAUGAUUCGCCCUUGAGGAUUCGGUACACCAUGAGUUAUUGUGUCCUUAGAGAUAUUGUCUAUUUUAGUUAUCUGGACAAAUAAAUUGGAUUUAUGUAAACCUGUGAAGGCGAAAUGUCGACAUGUGCACCACAUUCAUAUCGAAAUACAAAUAGUUCACAGUAUAUAUUUGGAUUUGAAGGAGUUCCGUUUAACUUGUUAGUCAACAGUUCCAUAUUCGUCGUUUGUGUUGGCCUUUAUCUUAUAUUACAAAAAAUAAUCGAAAAAGAAUUUGUCCCUAAAAGAAAUUUCCAGGACUAUGUGGAAACAACGCAUAAAUCAAGAUUUUGGAAGUUCGUUCCUUAUUUCCUUAAAAUCAGAUCUUCGGAGUUUGCAAAACGAGCAGGUCUUGAUGGCGUCGCAUAUAUAUUGGCCUUGCGUUUUCGUGUUUUUCAACUGUUUGCACUUACUCCAAUGUUUGUUUUUUGUUCUCCAUUGUUCUUUUUAUCGCAAAAAUCAGAGAAUGAAUUUCGUCGACUGACAAUAUCUAAUCUCGGUAUAACAGAUGUAGUUCUCUCUUCAUACACAACCUAUCCACUGCAUAUAUUCCCAAUCAAUAAUACAAUACAUGUACAAAGCUAUUGUAAACCACAUCGUCCAUGGCGUAAAUUAUAUCAUAUUAAAAAUCCAAAAAGUUCACAUCUAUUCAAUCAUGUUUAUUUAGCUCCACCAUCAUCGGAUUUGUUAUGGUUUAAUAUAACUUCCACAACAUAUCAUGGUACUGAAUGGUGGUUACGUGUAAUUGGAAUUCGUUUAGCGGUUGUUUUAGUGGCGUUCGUCUUAACAUCACCUGUUUACAUACUUGCUAUUAUAAAUUUGACUGGAUUAUUCGAUUGGUUGGGUAGAAUUUCGCGUCCGUUUAUUUUUAGAUGGUUUCCAGCAGCAAUUUUAGCCGGUGUAUCAGUACUACUGACACGUUUAGUAAUUAUCAGUGAAUAUUGGACAAGACAUAAAACACGUGGAGGUUUAGAAAGUGUUAUUUAUCGUAAUGCUUAUUGGUUCUUACUUUUCACUGUGUUGUUAUUACCGUCUCUUGGUAUAACAGGUUUCCCAGCUCUAUUUCAUCAGCUUAUCACCACUGAAGUGAAUCAUACCAAUCCAUUUGCUUUUUAUGUACCAUUUCAAAUUGAAUGUAUAUUUUUACCAGAUAGUGGUGCAUUAUUUAUCAAUUAUGUCAUCACAUGUGCCCUACUUGGCACAGGUUUACAAAUUCUACGUUUGGGGCAUAUUUUUCGAAAUUUCUUUAGACGAUAUUGUUCUGCUCAUACUAUGGCAGAAAGAAAAGUUUUCUCUGAACCUCAACCGGAAGCAUUUGCAUUUGGAGAAAACUAUGCAUUUCUGUCAGUUGUUCAUACAGUGAUUAUUGCUUAUACACCAGUGUGUCCAAUCAUCUAUAUAUUUGGUUUGCUAUACUUUCUAUUUAGAUAUUUGGUUGAUAAAUAUAUGCUUGUAUGGAUUUAUAGUCCAUUACAAUCAGAUAUCAGUGGAUGGACUGAAAUAGAUAGAAAAAAUUAUCAAUAUAUUUAUCAUUUAAAAUGGUUUCUUCAAGCAACUCGAUUUAGUUUAGCUGGAGUUUGUAUAGCAUGUAUCAAUGUGUUUGCUUUCUAUUCGUUACGAUGGUCUUCUGCAGAAUUACGUCCAUUGAUCAUUGCCUAUUUUGUUUUGACUGUAACUACAGCAGUGAUAUCUGUGAUACUUUCUACUUUUGUCAAAUAUUAUUUAUCAUCUCUUGUAUGCCCUAGUUCUGUAUGCAGCAAGGAUUCCAGUCAUUAUCGUAAAUUACUUGAAGACAAAACAAUCUCUAGUGCAGUUAUAUGCACUUGCCCUAAAUUAUACCUUGAUACUUCUGAAAUUGAAAAAGAAUACACAGUUCCUGUUUUACGUAAAUUCAAACUGUGACCAGUUUCAUGUUGAUCAAAGUACAUUUUCGGGAAAAUCUCAUGAACAAUAAUGUUUGAUUUUGAUUUAAAUUCCAAUUGUUACUUUCAUAACAGACUACCUACUAACUUCAUUGUUAUAUGUUUCAUAUUUUAUUUUUGAAUAUUAUUUGUCCAUAUUGAACAUGGAGGAAUCAAUGAACUUUAUCAAAUCUGGAUAAAUGUAGAACAAUAAUUUCGAUUAUCACUAUUAUUAUUUAUUCAUUCAUUCUUACUGCUGUUAAAAUGGCAUUUGUUUUUGACAGUAAAAGUAAGAGGCAGCUGAAUGGUAGACUUUAUUACUUGUUUCAUCCUUAACCUUUUAAUCAAUAUCAUGUGAAAAAAAAAUACAAAAUAUGAGUCAAAG